AUGAGCGGAGACGUGACUUGGGCGCGCAGCAGUGGGUGCGGGCAAGGCCAGCUGAAUUGCCCCAUCUACAAUCCUGUCUAUCCCUCGCCCACCCCAUCAUCGCGAUUCGGACGCAAUAUUUUUGAGCGAGAUAUCUGCGUAUCGAAGACGUGUUUCGGGGCCUCAAAUGCCUACAAAGGAAUUAUGACGAGCCUGCCGAAACACCACGAUGCCUCCUUUAGUAACCAGAGUGGGGUGUUGAGCGCCAAUACUGGUGGCGGACCGCAGAACAACAAUCAUUUUGGAAUUCAGUACAAUUUUGGGAAAGAUAAUAAAGAGAUCCUUCAGUCGCUGGCAUUCCCGCACAUGCUGGAUCGGAGAGACAGCAUCGAACGACCCCAUGCUCAUACCUGCCAAUGGAUUUUCGAGCUAGAGAACUACAAAUCCUGGAGGAAUCAGUCCAGCGGUCUACUAUGGAUCAAGGGCAAGGCAGGUGCAGGGAAAUCGACCCUAAUGCUAUGCCUACAUGAAGAGCUCAAGAAACUGCACGAGAGCCCCCGUGGAAUCCAAAUUGAGUUUUUCUUCACCGCUCGAGGCGCUGAGAUGCAGCAUAUCCCAUUGGGGAUGUUCAGAUCGUUAUUGAAUCAGAUUUUUGAUGCCGAUGAGAAUGUACAAACCCCCGUGCGCGACGCUUACACAGAGCGGUGCAGGAAGUUUGGGGAUACAAAGGGCCAGUGGGAAUGGUCACAGCAGACACUAGCAGAUUUGCUAGCCAAUGCAAUAUUGACAUCUGCCAAAGAUCAAGAUGUUACCAUUUUCGUGGAUGCUCUGGAUGAGACAGGAAGUGAAUCUGCCGAGAUGAUGGCGAAUUAUUUCCACGAGCUCAAUAACCGGGCGGAAAGAGCGGGAAGACGCGUCAAGAUAUGCAUUUCCUGCCGACAUUAUCCUAUUGUAGGAAAUCCCACGGCUACGGAGAUUACCGUUGAACAGCACAACUCGGCAGAUAUCACCAGGUAUAUCGAGGAUACUCUUCUUGGUGAAAAUUCCCAGCAAGUCGCUGAUCGCGACCAGUGGAAGGGCCUAGUGGAUGAACUAAUCAAGCAAGCAAGUGGAAUGUUUCAGUGGGCCAAAAUCGUCGCACCAAUCAUUAGCCGGCAGAUCAAGGAAAAGAAAUCGCGGGAGAAGAUUCGCGCUUGGUUGAAGCGGGUCCCACCUGAUCUCGAAGGCGUAUACCAAUACAUUCUGAGCGAAGUCAUACCCGAUGAUGAUCAGGGGGAGGCCUUCUUAUUCUUUCAGUGGCUACAUCUGGCCCAGCGACCACUGACUGUGACAGAAAUGCGAUAUGCCAUGGCGAUGGCCAAUACAAAAGUCGUAGCCUCGCUCAGGAGAGCACAGGAGAUCGAGGGUCUCGUGGAAAACAAUGAGGCCAUGAAGACGCGAGUCAAGGUGCUAUCGGGUGGAUUGGCGGAAGUCACCCAGAGCGAUACGAACGACGAGAUCAUUCAAGUGAUUCACCAGUCGGUCAACGAUUUCUUGCACGACAAAGGACUGGCAUCUUUGGCUAGCAAGGUGGAGCGAACAACACUGCCGGCCACACAAGUUUUGAUCAAAUGCCAGGCCAGGCUGUACCAUUCCUGUUUGAAGUACCUUGCCAUUGUUGAGGUCACCGUUCAAAAAUUGGAACAUGUUCCCAUAAAAAAACAAGAGGAAUACGUUAAGAGCCAACCGUUCCUAUCCUAUGCAACGCUCAACCUUCUCGUUCAUGGGGAGAAAGCGGCGAAUUUUCGGACCCAUGAACUGCGCGAUGAAGUUCAACUACUUGAGCAAAUCGUAUGUAAAUGGACCAGAGUGUACAGAGUGCUAGAUGACUACGGAUCAUCCAGACCACCAACCGGUACUACAGUGAUGCAUAUGGCAGCGACUGCCAAUUUGUUGAAUGUCAUCGAGAAUCUAGCUUCGAACAAGCAGAAUGUCUCAAGAAUCGACGAUGACGGAAAAACGCCCUUGCAUUUGGCAGCACGGCAGGGUCAUAUAACUGGGGCCAAACUACUGCGAGAGAAGGGAGCCGGUACUGAGGCGAUAGGGAAAGAUGGGCGAACGCCAAUUGUGGAAGCGGCUAGCCAUGGGCACAAAGAACUUAUUGAGUGGCUUCUAAAAAGCGAUGCCAAGGUCGAUGGAAGCGGCAAAGGGGCCGGGACCGCGCUUCAGGAAGCAUCGCUGAACGGUCAAUUGGUGGUAGUGGACCUUUUACUUGAGAAAGGAGCCGAUGUAAAUGCCCAGGGUGGUCAAUACGGAAACGCCCUACAGGCGGCUUCAUAUCAUAGGAGCGCAGAGGUGGUACAGAUGCUGCUUGAUGCUAAAGCCUACGUCAAUACCCAGGGUGGUCAAUACGGAAACGCUCUACAGGCCGCUUCACAUCAUGGGCUCUCAAAGGUGGUGUGGAUGCUGCUUGAUGCUAAGGCCGACGUCAAUGCCCAGGGUGGUAGCUAUGGAAACGCUCUACAGGCCGCUUCUCUGGAUGGGAGCGCAGAGGUGGUACAGAUGCUGCUUGAUGCUAAGGCCGACGUCAAUGCCCAGGGUGGUCAAUACGGAAACGCUCUACAGGCCGCUUCUCUGGAUGGGAGCGCAGAGGUGGUACAGAUACUGCUUGAUGCUAAGGCCAACGUCAAUGCCCACGGUGGUGAAUAUGGGUAUCCACUCCUUGCUGCCGUGUAUCAAGGCUUUGUCCAUACAGUUGAUAGCCUUCUCCAGACAGGUGCAAAUCCCGAACUUUCGGAUCACCUUUACCGUACUCCCCUCCACAUCGCUGCAUCGAAGAAUAUGUUACAUAUACUCCGAAAGCAUCCUUGCCUUGCUUCAACCCUCAACGCCCAAGACAGGUUUUCACGAACUCCACUUCAACUUGCCGUCAUUCAUGGUCAUACACGUUUCGCUCUCGCUCUACUAGAACUAGGUGCUGAUCCUUACCUCCUGGAUGGGUAUGGCAGGAACUCCUUGGAUUGGGCAGCAGAUAACCUUCAACUGGCAACCCAACUUCGCAAUACUUUCCCUGCCAUUGCCCCAACCGAUAAUGAGCUGCAAAGCUCCAUGGUCCGUCGAUCUAUCCAUCAAAUAUCGGCCACCCUCCUUACUUCUGACUACCAUCAUUCGUGGGCUCUCCUGCAGCAGUUAGGACACUAUUUGAUGUUUUUAAAGGAUGAAGACAAUGCGCGGCUGAUAUUCAAUCUUGACCUGAGCCAGGAAUAUCUUCUUGGUGUCAAAUUUAGACUUACCUGCGAUAUUUGUGACGAGCCUAUUUAUGGCACUCGCGUUAUCUGUAGAGUUUGUGCCAAUCUAGAUUUAUGCUUGCCAUGCAGACACAAGCAUCCCACCCACGGCAGAUUGAAUGCUCCUCAAGCGCAUGACGUGCUGGAAGUUCCAUACGAACAACCACCAGACUCCCAGCAAGCUAGGCAACGUCUUAACGAUCUUCUACGGCGCUUCAGUCUUCAAUUCGGUGGACCAUCAAUGCCAGGUAGCAUAACUACCACAGUGACCGAUCCAUCUCCGGAACACCCAGUGUUUCUCCAGUAUUCUGGCCCCCAAGCUUUAUCUUACCCUGUGUUUGUUGGUAUCUUGGUCACUUCAUUUUGUACUUGGUACUUUCAUUACCGUAAAUAG